GGUGCGCCCCGCCGGGAGCAGCCCCCGGAUUCCGCGGCGACAUCCCCGCGCUGCCACCAACGCCCUGCGCUGCUGCUCAAACUUUUCUAACUCGGGAGUUACCAGCCAUGGAGAAGAUGCAGCAGAUCGUGGGACGAGCCAGGGCCGCCUUCAGAUCAGGCCGGAGCCGCCCGCUGGAGUUCAGGAUUCAGCAGCUGAAGGCGCUGGAGAGGAUGGUGCAGGAGAAGGAGAAGGAGAUCCUGGCAGCCCUCAAGGCGGACCUGAACAAGAGUGGGCCCAACGCCUACAGCCAUGAAAUUCUGGGCGUGCUGGGGGAGCUGGCCCUCACCAUGGAGAAGCUGCCGUCCUGGGCAGCCCCUCAGCCUGUGAAGAAGAACCUGCUGACCAUGAGGGACGAGGCGUACAUCGGCUACGAGCCCCUGGGCGUGGUGCUGGUCAUCGGGGCCUGGAACUACCCCUUUGUGCUGGUCAUGCAGCCCCUGAUCGGGGCCAUCGCAGCAGGCAAUGCCGUGGUGGUGAAGCCGUCGGAGGUCAGUGAGAACACGGCUCGGCUGGUGGCUGAGCUCCUCCCACAGUACCUGGACAAGGAUCUGUAUGCUGUGGUCACUGGAGGAGUUCCUGAGACAACCGAGCUGCUGACCCAGAGAUUUGACCACAUCCUCUACACUGGCAACACCGCAGUGGGCAAAAUUGUGAUGGCAGCAGCUGCCAAGCACCUGACCCCUGUCACCCUGGAGCUGGGGGGGAAGAGCCCCUGCUACAUCGACAAGGACUGUGACCUGGCUGUCGCCUGCAGGCGGAUAACGUGGGGCAAGUACAUGAACUGUGGGCAGACCUGCAUCGCCCCAGACUACAUCCUGUGCGACCCAUCCAUCCAGGGCAAGGUGGUGGAGAACAUCAAGGCGACUCUGAAGGAAUUCUAUGGGGAGGACGUGAAGUCAUCUCCAGACUAUGGAAAGAUCAUCAACCAGCGUCACUUCAGGAGGGUCAAGAGCCUGCUGGAAGGGCAGAAGAUUGCUCAUGGGGGAGAGUCUGAUGAGGCCUCCUGCUUCAUAGCACCAACCAUCCUGACGGAUGUUUCCCCGGAGUCCAAGGUGAUGGAGGAGGAAAUCUUUGGACCAGUGCUGCCCAUUGUGCCUGUGAAGAGCGUGGAGGAAGCCAUUGAGUUCAUCAACCUUCGGGAGAAGCCUCUUGCUCUGUAUGUCUUCUCCAACAACAAGCAGCUGAUCAGACGGGUGAUAGCAGAGACCUCCAGCGGUGGCAUGACAGCCAACGAUGUCAUCAUGCACUCCGUGCUCCCAGAUCUGCCCUUCGGCGGUGUGGGCCACAGCGGGAUGGGCGCCUACCACGGCAGGCACAGCUUCGAGACCUUCUCCCACCGCCGUGCCUGCCUGGUCAGGGACCUGAGCUGGGAGGCUGUGAACAAACUGAGGUACCCACCUGGCAGCAUGGAGAUGGUGCAUUUGGCCAAGCUCUUCCUGCUGAAGCAGUGCAACAGGAGCAGAGUGGGACACUUCAUCUCGGCCCUGCUGGCGGCUGUGAAAGCCGUGGUGGCAAAGGUGUUGUAUCCCCAGCGAGAGGGGUGAUGGGCAGCCAGCACUUGGACCCGCUGCUCGCUCCCUGCAGUCCUACUGCUGAACUUUUCUUUGCUGUGAUUUCAUUUCUUCCAAGGCAGCCAAUGCACUGGAGAGGUAGAAGACAAAAAAAAAGGAAAAAAAAAAAAAAAUCCACCCUGCUUUGUAAACAGUAACUCCUCUAAAAACUCCUGGGAGCCUGGGAGUGUUUGUCACAAGGGUAUCUAAACAAAGCCAGUCGUUACUGAGCCUGUUAUCUCUGUAACACCUCACCUGAUCCCCAGAGGAAGCUGCUCAUCACAGCCAUGAGCCUGGGAAAUGAGGGUCUCACUGCAGGGGACAGUCCAGGCCGGUUGUCCCGGAGCAGAGGGAAAGGAGCCUCGAAGAACCUGCAGCAUCUCAUCCUCGACUGAUGGGUGAUGCUCUUUGCAGGGAAACCACCUUUAUUUAUCCAAGGUGGGCAAAAGCCACCUGAGCUGUCCCAAGGACUUGAGAAGUGCCAGGGACUGUUGUGCUGCUGUAUUUGGGGCUACUGGGGCAAAGACAGGGGCACUGCUGCAGUUGGAGUCCCAGGUCUCGGGCAUCCUUGGCCAGAGUGGCAGAGCAGCCACAGCCGCCUCCUCUGUAACUGAAUUUCGGAGGUUUAUUCAUUUAUGGAUAGUCUUUUACCUCCAAACUUGUAACUGAGAGCUGCCCUUGACCCUUGCUGAAUAAAACCUUUAUUUUGCUG